CGUGGUCAAAAGGUCCUCGACAUCGGUUCGGGUUUAGGCUAUGGACUACUCUACGCCCUGAAUCGCGUUGCCCCGCACACAGUUCAGCGUCUUCGCUUCGACUUACCAACGCGGGUCUUUGGUCCCCAGUGGUUCCGUCGAUUCGGUUUCCUUCCUAUCAAAGUUUCCACGCAGAUGGACAAAGAUGGUGUUGUACAUGGCAUUGAUACCUCCACUGAGAUGGUUCGCUUUUCGAGAACUUUGGCGUCAUUUCAGCACGAACUGCUCCAAUGCAACUACGCUCGACCAUCAAUUAGUCUGCUUGAUCACCAGACCUCUAAUAUUUUCAUGAUUGGUGAAGUAGUUGUUGACCUUGCGCUCUGCUAUAUUGUUCUGCAUGUUCUUAGACAUUUAAAUUUCCACAAUCUUUGUGAGAAGUGGGCGGAAUACACUUCCAUUGAGUCAAAAUUCACGAGAUCAAUGAGCUCCCAGUGA